UUGCAGCCUUUUGGCAUAUAUCGAACCCCUCAUGAUCCUUACACAACCAGCAACAAUCUCGUAUCAUGCGAGGAUGAUGCCGUAUGUGGGUUGGUCGGAAAACCUGUAAACCCACAAUGUAGUCAGCAAAACCAGCAAUGUGAUUAUCAGGUUGAAUAUGCAGACCACUGUUCAACUCUGGGCGUUUUGGUUAAGGACGUGUUCUUGUUCUCUUCUUCCUUAAAAAGAAAUCCAUCACAAUCUACUCAUACUCUCAUCUUUGGGUGUGGAUACCAUCAGGAAUUUGAUGAUUCAUUCUCUUCUCCUUUUACAGAUGGAGUCCUAGGCCUUGGCACUGGCAAAACAAGUAUAUUGUCUCGGCUAAGUGAUCAAGGUCUAAUUAAGAAGGUUAUGGCCCUUUGCCUGUCUGAAAUUAACCCUGGAUAUCUUGUCCUUGGAGAUUCUAAAUCCAAUUUACCAGAAACUAUAUGGAUGCCAUUUUCGAAUGAUCACAUCAAACCAUAUAACAUGCUUGGCCCUGCUGAUAUGAUGGAAAUCUUCUUGCUCCGGGAUUGCUUUUUUUUUUUUUUUUUGUUGGACAGUGGGACUACUUACAAUUACUUCAGUCCUACAUUAUACCAAGAUGUUCUUUCCCUGGUGAAAGAGUUGGCAGAGAAGACAGCAGCACCAGUUGAGGAUUCGUAUCUUCCUGUCUGCUGGAGACCCUUUGCAUCUUCUCAGGAUUUCCUGUACUCAUUCAGCUCACUAAAUUUGAGCUUCACGGGGAAAAACAAUGUUUAUUUCGAACUAUCACCAACAGACUAUCUUAUAGUCAGCGUACGUCAUAAGAACCUGUUGGAAAUCAUUAUAAAUGAGUUUAGUUCUUCGUUAGACACUUCUACAUACUUAGCGAGCCCUUUAAUUUUAGCCUCUUGACAAUGUGUGCUUGGGGAUUCUAGAAAGCCAGGUACUUGGACCAGAUUUUGAAAACCUGAACAUAAUUGGAGACAUUUCUGUGCUAUGGAAGUUGGUGA